AUGUGCAAAAAGUGUGAAAUAAUAGACACGACUCGAGAAACCCAUAACAACUCAUUGGGAAGGGUUUGCAGUGAUAUUGGGGUCAAGUCUGGAGACAUGACCUCCAAGGCUAAGAAACGGGGUUUCGAUGCCAUCGACAACAACCGAUUCACCGAAGCGUUCACCGAAUGGGAAGGAAUCAAAAGGCGAAGAAUUUGUCCGCAAAAUGUGGUGAUCCGUCUGUUGAGACGGGAAGUGAGCUUUGGUGGCACCGGGAGGACAGGCAGGUGUAGUGUGCGGGCACUCCACCAGAACAUAGCGCCCAACUUCACGGUCGUGAACAUCGAGAAACCCAAUUGUUUUCUCCGAAAGUUCACUCCCGACGGACGCUUCCUAUUGGCCUUCAGUGCCGACCAAACCUGUAUAGAGAUCUACCAAUACAUGGGUCCGUCCGCCGCCUCACACCUCUUGAAGGACAUCCCGUCUUCUCAAGAAUUCACUUGCAAUGGAAACGACGAGCAGUCGGUGCGACUCAAGAGCAAAGUCUUCGAGACCUUCUUCAAGUUGCGACACGUGGUGACGGUUACCACGAAUGGCGAGCAAUUGAAUCGCGAGUGCAGUCUCUUCACAGACGACAGCCGUUAUGUGAUCGUCGGUUCUGCGGCUUUCGUUGCGGACGAAGUGCCGCCAAUUUAUUUCGAUAUCUAUCGCAACAACGAAUCCGUGUCUCCGAACGCCAGAUCACCGCUCGAAGACUACUCUUUGCAUUUGGUGGACAUCAUUAGUGGCAGAGUUUGUGAUAAACGAGUGUUCAAAACGGAUAAAAUAUUUUUAUCCCAUAAUCAGGGGAUCUAUUUAUACGACAACACUCUAGCGGUGCUAUCAGUCCAACACCAGACCAUUCAUGUGUUCCAUAUAUCAAAAGAGGGCCAAUUCAUUGACGCCAAAAGCAUCGGUAGGUUUUGUCACGAAGAUGACGAGUUUCUGGUCUCAUCGGCGAUGGCCAGCGAACGCUCGGCCUCUACUGGUCGGCACCAGACACCUGUCCGACCCUUUCGUGAAGUCACUAUUAAUGCACUCAAACAUCGAUUAAUGGUUUUCCUGUACAGGAAAGCAGAACUCGAGAGUCAAUUAAAAGGCAAUUAUUUGCCGAUCAGAAGGUUUUACCAGAAUUUCGAUCAAUUUUGUUCGCUUAGGGUUUGGAAAAUGCAAUUAUUAGACGAAAACCAUUUACUAUUGAAGUACGCGAGUGAAGAAGUGAUUACUUCCCGAUUAAAUGAUAUCAAUAGUUCGCCAUCUCUUUUUGUGGUCUACAAUAUGAUCACCAGUUGUGUGAUCGCAGUCUUCGAGAACACAUCCGAAGAGUUGCUGCAACUGUUUGAGAGUUUUUGUGAUUUGUAUCGCAACUGUUCCCUCCGAAGUCCCGCACAACUCAUUUGUUCGCCUUCUAAUAACAUUCAUUCCAGACUUCUUCAGCAGAGGUUCAAACAAACCAUAAUCAAUGCCAGGAAUGGUGGACACACUGAGGCUAUUAGACGACUAUUGGCUCAGUUGCCUAUUAGCGCACAAUCCUAUACCUGCAGCCCAUAUCUGGAUCUAUCGCUCUUCAGUUAUGACGACAAAUGGAUUUCAGUGAUGGAAAGACCCAAAGCAUGUGGUGAUCAUCCGAUUCGCUUCUACGCCCGGGACUCAGGAAUUCUUAGAAGGUUUUACCAGAAUUUCGAUCAAUUUUGUUCGCUUAGGGUUUGGAAAAUGCAAUUAUUAGACGAAAACCAUUUACUAUUGAAGUACGCGAGUGAAGAAGUGAUUACUUCGCGAUUAAAUGACAUCAAUAGUUCGCCAUCUCUUUUUGUGGUCUACAAUAUGAUCACCAGUUGUGUGAUCGCAGUCUUCGAGAACACGUCCGAAGAGUUGCUGCAACUGUUUGAGAGUUUUUGUGAUUUGUAUCGCAACUGUUCCCUCCGAAGUCCGGCACAACUCAUUUGUUCGCCUUCUAAUAACAUUCAUUCCAGACUUCUUCAGCAGAGGUUCAAACAAACCAUAAUCAAUGCCAGAAAUGGUGGACACACUGAGGCUAUUAGACGACUAUUGGCUCAGUUGCCUAUUAGCGCACAAUCCUAUACCUGCAGCCCAUAUCUGGAUCUAUCGCUCUUCAGUUAUGACGACAAAUGGAUUUCAGUGAUGGAAAGACCCAAAGCAUGUGGUGAUCAUCCGAUUCGCUUCUACGCCCGGGACUCAGGAAUUCUUAGGUUUAAAAUAUAUGCCGGCCUUCAAAACAGAACAUCCGGUUCAGUGGGACGAAGACUCGUUGCGUUUACUUUGCAUCCAACGGAUCCACUAUUGAUUAGCGUUCAACGAACUAAUACUGAAUAUGUAGUCAAUUUACAUGUCAGACACUCCAACCCAAUAUAA